AUGCUGUCUCGCAUAGCACUCACCAGCAUGUCCUGGAUGCUGCUCUCCUUCCUGAUGCUCUUUUCUCAGGUUCAAGGUGAAGAUUCCCCGAAGGAAGCGCCAUCACCACGGAUUAGUUGUCCCCAAGGUUCCAGGGCUUAUGGCUCCUACUGCUAUGCCUUGUUUCGGAUACCACAGACCUGGUUCGAUGCAGAACUGGCCUGCCAAAAGAGGCCCUCAGGGCACCUUGUGUCAGUUCUCACUGGAGCUGAGGCUUCCUUCGUGUCUUCUUUGGUGAAGAGCACAGGGAACAGCUAUUCAUACGUCUGGAUUGGGCUCCAUGAUCCCACACUGGGUGAACAACCCAAUGGAGGCGGAUGGGAGUGGAGUAACAGUGAUGUCAUGAAUUACCUUAACUGGGAGAGGAAUCCAUCCACUGCCUUAGAUCGUGGUUUUUGUGGCACUUUGUCAAAAGCUUCAGGAUUUCUGAAAUGGAGAGAUAAUACCUGUGAUGUGAAGCUCCCCUAUGUCUGCAAAUUCAGUGGAUAA